AUGCCCAUGCCCCGCCCACCAGCUCCGAGCCUCCUUGGGCCCGGUCCCUCCAGCCAUCAGGCAUUCUUCGCCGGUCCGCAACCCGGUCCGGUCGCUCCACCGGCCUACUACUCUCCUGCUCCGGUUGGCUAUGGCAGGCCAACCACCAACACAGGCGUGACCGGCUCCUCCGGCUAUCCCGCGCCGGUCUCUUAUGAUCCGGCCCUACUUGCUGCUCUUCAUCAGCAGCCUCCGGUCGGGGCUUAUUCCGGCGGUGGCAAUUGGUUUAUGGACACUGGUGCAUCUUCGCACAUGGCCGCUUACCCGGGUAACCUCUCUUCUGCGUCUCCUAUUCACACUUCUUCUCGUAUCAUUGUUGGUAAUGGUGCUGGUCUCCCUAUCACUCAUAUUGGUUCUACCAGUUUUCCUUCGAACUCUAGACCACUUUAUCUCAAUAAUAUUCUUGUGUCUCCUGAACUCAUUCAGAAUUUAGUCUGUGUUCGUAAACUUUCUCGAGAUAACUCUGUAAUUGUGGAAUUUGACGAAGUUGGUUUUUCUGUUAAGGACGCCCUCACCCGGAUGGAACAGCAGGCGGCUUCUUCAUCGGCGCCCGGCCCCUCUUUGGCCGACCCUGUCCGCCCUGGCUUUGCCCCACGGCGUAGGGCGCCCCCUGGGCGCACGGCACUCCGGCCCGGCCUCCACGUCGGCCUCCACGCCGGCCUCCCCGGCUGCUUCAUCGCCGGGCCCCGCGCCGGCCUCUGCGCCGGCCUCUCCAGCUGCUUCAUCGCCGGGCGCCGCGCCGGCUUCUGA